AUGUUGUGCCAUACAAACUUAGAACGUCUACACCUAAAUACCCCAAAUGUCCAAACCACACCCAGAAACAUUGUGAACUUUACUUUACUUAGAUUAAAAAUAAAUGAUUUGCAAGAAAGUCUUAAAGAGCUAGAGAAAGACAUCUGUCCUACAUAUGAAGAAAUUAAGAUACAUUUAAAGUCUGAAAAAGUCAACUUGGAAAAACACUACAAACAACUGACAACAUCUGUCACCAAACAAGGAGAAGACUGGCAAAGAGAAAUUAACAUCAUUGUCAACAAACAGAAAUCUGAAAUUGAUCAGAUGAAAACUAAACACAGCAUACUUGAUUUGAGGAAAAUACUUGAAACCAAUGAUGUCUCCCUAACCUCCGCAUACAAAUCAAGGAAUGCUGAAUUCAGAAGGUUACCCCCUAAGGUCAAUGUUACAUUGCCAAGUUUUUCGCCCCAUCAGAUCAACAUAGAACAGCUCCAUCAAAUGUUUGGUUCUCUGUCAGCAUUAUCCAUUACAACAGAAGAACAUGGCUACACAAUGAAGACAUCAGAAGCUGUAUCCUGUCCUCCAGUCAAACCACUGCUUGAUGAACCAGAGCUCAUCACCACCAUAGACACCGGUUAUGGGCAAAUGUGCAGCGUUACCAUGCUCAAUGAUGAAGAAAUUUGGACAUGUGGGAAAGAAAAUAUUAUGAAACUCUUUAAUUUCCAGGGCGAACUACUGAAGUCAAUCCAAACGAAGUCAGGGAAAAUUCCAUGUGACAUAGCAGUGACAAGGAGUGGAGAUCUAGUUUAUACCGACUCUGAUAGAAGAACUGUAAACAGAGUGAAGAAUGAACACAUAAAAAAGGUGAUAAAACUGCAAGGAUGGAGACCUUACCAUGUCUGUAGUACCUUCUCUGAUGAUCUCCUGGUUACUAUGGACAGUGAUGAAGAUAAACAAUCAAAAGUUGUCCGUUACGCUGGCUCCAUAGUGAAACAAACCAUUCAGUUUGAUAGUGAAGGUAAACCUCUGUAUUCAUCUGGGUACUUUAAAUACAUGUGUGAAAACAGAAACCUAGAUAUCUGUGUGGCUGAUUGUGAAGCUCAAGCUGUAGUGGUGGUUAAUCAGGCAGGAACACCCCGAUUUAAAUACACUGGUCAUCCCUUUACUACCGAGGAGGAAGAAUUCUAUCCACAUGGAAUAACAACAGACAGCCAGAGUCAGAUCCUCAUCGCAGACUAUUAUAACCGAAGGGUCCACAUCCUAGAUCAGGAUGGACAGUUCCUCCGUUACAUUGAUAACUGUGAUCUAGAGCACCCAUAG